AUGUCAGCGACAGACCCAAAGGAGCAAGUGCGUCGAACAAAGAAUCUCGCGGCUGGCUUCGCACUUUCGCAUGUCAUCAAAUCCGAAGCUUACAUAGAUGACUGUAUCCAUCGGCUCAAGGAACGACUUGUAGUAUUUGCAAGAUCUGAAGAACCGGUCCAUCUUGACGAGUGGUUCAACUACAUAGCUUUCGAUGUCAUAGGAGAGGUUGUCUUCCUGGAAGCAGACAAGGAUCUCAGUGGGUCGAUCGCGAAUCCUCGACUUCUCGUACCAUACGUCAUGAUAGCUGGCUUCUUUCGCACAUUUCAUCGACUAACAGUCGGCAAUCCUUUUAUCACAGAAUAUAACCUCAUGCCUACUCAAAACAUCUUAGAUACAACAUUGAGAGCUACCGAGGCCCGCAAGAAGAAUCCAUAUCUCAGUGUCAACCCACGUGUCGUACACUACAGCCGCGAGCUGUAUGGAGAAGACCCAGGUGUAUACAAUCCGUAUCGCUGGAAUGGUCCUCAAGCCAAAGAUAUCGAAAAGUACUUCGUGGCCUUUGGUGCAGGGUACAAUUCUUGUCAAGGUCGCAGCAUUGCGCAGCUUGAAAUCUUCAAGGCAGCAGCCACACUCUUGGGCGACUUUGACUUCAAGCAGGUCAAUCCGGUUCAAAAGUGGAAGUACGAGGCUUCUUUUGCGGCUUUACCUCCUGAACGGCCUUGUUAUGUGUCUGAAACCUCUCGAUGA